AUGGGUAUCUAUGGAUUGUGGGAGCGUCAACCUGACACAACGAUCCUCGACUUCGAGACACUGCGGGAACAGUACAAUCUGCCAGUCCGACCAUUUGACAUUAACGAGUAUGCUUGGACAUCUGAACAGAGCCCUGCCAACUCGGUUUACUACCUAGCCCAGUGCGAGCGACACAACCUCCGUUGUCUCCGUGCUAACUGGGGUGGUGGCUCGGACUUGCACAACUACAUGAUUUACAAGACCAACGGGACAUACUACCCCAACGGCGAAUGGCAGCUGUACAAGUAUUAUACAGGGAUGACCGGCAACAGAGUUGAGACCUCCGCUUCCGGUGAUCUCAUAUUUGACGUUUUCGCCAACACAUCGGAGAAUACCGUCAAGAUCAUUGCGGGAACUAGGACGGUCUAG